AUGGAAAACACCAGUUCAGGUGACUCUUCUGCAUCUCGUCUCAGCGCAGUUUCCAUGAAGCUUCCCCCAUACUGGCCCGCUGACCCUGCUCUGUGGUUUGCCCACAUUGAGUCACAAUUUGCAACCCGUGGAAUCGUCAGCCAGCUCACCAAAUUCCAUUACGUCGUGUCAGCUUUGUCCCUCAAUGAGGCCGCAGAAGUUCGCGACAUUAUUAUGACCCCUCCCACGUCAGGCCCGUACGACAGACUCAAAGAGGAGCUUAUCCGCAGGACAACAGCCUCUGAACAACGACGCCUUCAGCAACUGAUUACUUCGGAAGAAUUAGGCAAUCGAAAACCGUCGCAGCUCCUUAGGCGCAUGCAACAACUUCUGGGCGAUCGCGCGACAUCUCUCGAUGCUUCCAUCGUGCGCGAGCUUUUCUUGCAACGACUCCCAUCCAACGUUCGAUUGAUACUGACCAGCUCUGAAGGCAUUACCCUAGAAGCCUUGGCACAGUUGGCCGACAAAAUUAUGGACAACAUGUCCUUGCCCAUGUCAGCUCCGGCAUUGUCGUCUAUAUCCAGCGAGCAGUCCGAGCUGGCAAAGUUGCGUGCGGAUCUCGAAAAGCUCACCGAUCUUGUCACAACCAGCCUUCGAAAUCCCCGCUCCCGCAGCCCAAGUCCUGCACGCACACGCAAUUGGACUCCGCAGUUCCGCCACCGCCGCAGUCGUUCAAGGCCGUCCGAUCCCAACAGCAACUUCUGCUGGUACCACGCUACCUUUGGCAACCGUGCUCGCAAGUGCACCCCACCAUGUUGGUUUGCGGGAAACGGACCGGCCAACAACUGA